CAGGGCAGAGAAGAGGCCUCCGGGGACAGAAACCCCCGGGGGGUAUCUCCCCCCAGACGAGAGUGCUGCCCAAAGUGGGACGAGGAUUCAAGGUCAGAGGACAACGCCUCCCCCCAGGUCGCCUUGGAGACCCCGACGCGACCCCGGGGUGGCGCAGGCCGUAUGCAGGCCUGGGCGACCCCUCCCGGGUCGGGGGCGAUGGGGGCAGGAGCCCCGCAGAGCCUCCUCCUGCUCCUCCUCCUCCUCCCAAUGCCGUGGCCACGCCGGGCCUCCGCGGGGAGCCUGCACAGUCCAGGCCUGUCCGAGUGCUUCCAGGUGAACGGCGCCGACUACCGCGGCCGCCAGAACCGCACGGGCCCGCGCGGCACCGGCCGCCCCUGCCUCUUCUGGGACCAGACGCAGCAGCACAGCUACAGCAGCGCCCGCGACCCCCAGGGCCGCUGGGGGCUGGGGCCGCACAACUUCUGCCGGAACCCGGACGGCGAUGUGCAGCCGUGGUGCUACGUGGCGGAGACGGAGGAGGGCAUCUACUGGCGCUACUGCGACAUCCCCACGUGCCACAUGCCCGGGUACCUGGGCUGCUUCGUGGACUCGGGCGCGCCCCCCGCCCUCAGCGGCCCCAGCGGCACCUCCACGAAGCUCACCGUGCAGGUGUGCCUCCGCUUCUGCCGCAUGAAGGGCUUCCAGCUGGCGGGCGUGGAAGCUGGCUACGCCUGCUUCUGUGGCUCCGAGGGCGACUUGGCUCGGGGUCGCCCCGCGCCGGCCACCGACUGUGACCAGAUCUGCUUCGGCCACCCCGGCCAGCUGUGCGGCGGCGAUGGGCGCCUGGGAGUCUACGAAGUGUCGGUGGGCUCCUGCCAGGGGAACUGGACGGCGCCCCAGGGCGUCAUCUACUCCCCGGGCUUCCCGGACGAGUACGGGCCGGACCAGAACUGCAGCUGGGCGCUGGGCCCGCCGGGCGCGGCCCUGGAGCUCACCUUCCGCCUCUUCGAGCUGGCCGACCCGCGCGACCGCCUGGAGCUGCGCGACGCCGCCUCGGGCAGCCUGCUCCGCGCCUUCGACGGCGCCCGCCCGCCGCCCGCCGGGCCCCUGCGCCUGCGCGCCGCCGCGCUGCUGCUCAGCUUCCGCAGCGACGCGCGCGGCCACGCGCAGGGCUUCGCGCUCAGCUACCGCGGUGAGGCCCCGCCCCCGGGUCCGCCCGGGCCCCGCCCCCCAGCCCGGUCCCGCCCCCCAGCCCGCCCCCUCACACCCCUCACGCCCCUCUCCACAGGCCUGCCGGAGGCGGCGGAGAACCCGGCGCUCCCCAGGGGCGCGGCCCAGACCCCUGCAGGGCUCCCCUACGGGACCAAUGCCAGCUGCAGCCCCCGGCCUGGGGCUCCGGAGGCCACCGUGGGCGCCCAGGUCUUCUCAACGGUGAUGGCCGUCUCCGUGCUGCUGCUGCUGUCGCUGCUGCUGUUGCUGCUGCUGUCGCUGCUGCGCCUGCUGCGCCGACGGAGCUGUCUGCUGGCUCCAGGAAAAGGACCCCUGCCCUUGAGGCCUGCCCAGGGCUCUGGGAGAAGUUGGGCUGUGUGGUAUCGCCGUCCUGGAGGGGUGGCGCUGCCCUGCCCCCCUGGGGACUCCCAGGCUGAGGGGCUAGCCUCAACUUACCGCCCGCUGAGCGCCUCCAGCCAGAGUUCCCUGCGUUCACUCAUCUCUGCCCUCUGACUCAGGCCCCCCGGGGUCCAUUGGAUCCUCCAACAGAGUGAUGGACACCCGGCACUCUGUCUCACACUCCACCGUGGCCUUCCCCCUUUUUAAGGGCAGCUCUGCCUCUGCUCUCCUCUCAGAGGUCAGACGUCGGACAAGAAGCCUCUGGUACUAUUAUUGGGAACUUGGCCUAACUCUAGGUGUCCAGAUGGUCCAGACCCAUUGGCAGGAGCAAUCGGCUCCCUCCUCAGAGACCUUGACAAGGAGCUCUGAUUUCAGGGUCUUUGAGCCCCUCUGGGGGUAGUCCUGCACUGCUGCCCUAAGUGAAAUGUGAGAGUUCAACAAAAGUGGUCAAAAGACCAGACACAGACUUUGAAUAAAGAACCUAUUUUGGUA